UCCCCAAACAAAAACUACCUCCAAACAACUCAAUCAACAUGUCUGAUCUCGGCCGCCAGUCCAUGACCGACAAGGCUUCGUCUGCCCUCAAGCCUGACUCCCAGAAGUCGACCACCGAACACAUCGGUGACAAGGCCGCCGGCACCUACGACCGUGUUGCUGACACUCUCCAGCCUCAGUCGGAGAAGUCCACUACCCAGAAGGCCGGUGACCACCUCCGCAGCGGUUCCGACGAGACCAAGGACCAGUCCAAGAGCGUCGCUCAGACCGUUUCCGACACCGUCUCCAACGCCGCUCAGGCCGUCAAGGAUACCGUGUCUGGCAACACUGGCAGCAACAAGGAAUUGUAAAUGGGGGUUCAUCAUGACGACCACCAGAUAUGAUUUGAUGGCGUAAAUGGGUGUUCUUGUUUCUUCUACUUGUGCUUUUUUUUGCUUUUUUUCUUGCUCUGAUUACAUGACGGAGAUGGGACAAUUGGGAUUCGCAUCGGAUGAAAUAGCUAGACGAGAAUUUGGGAAUUGAAUCGAUUGGGUCCUGGC